AAUUGCGAGGUAUAAAACCCAUGUAAGAAAUUUUUAUGAAAAACCAACCUUAAAAGACAAUUUUCAAUUGAUUCAACUUGAAAAGUCAUGUUUUUCUGACAUACAAUUAAUACCAUUUUGAUCAAUUUUUUCUAACCAAAAGAUCAAUUAAAAUCAGGUUUUUUCUUCUACAACACUAUUCACUAUUGACAUCUGCCAUUCCCGCAAGAAAAAUUUCUCUGGGAUACACUGGAUCAUCUAUCUCGAGCCCUAUCAUAUAAUCACACGCGUUUUGAUUUUAUUUGUGACGAUUUAUGUGACAUUUGAACUACUAGAAAAAAAAGAACAAUUCAUGUACGAUCAACCAAAAAUGCGUAAUAAACUAGUAUGUGUCACGUUUUAUUUCUGUCCUGCAACAAUUUUUAACUUCUUUAUUUGAUCGCUUAUCAUAUUGUCAUCGUUACUACUGACAGAACUAUAAAUAUAAGUGAAGAAAUGCUUUGUGCAUGCAUGCAGUUAUUUUUACUGAUAACAAUAUCGUCAAAAGUCAAUUUUAUAAUCUACCAAUAGUUCUACUGACGUGAGUAUGUAUAUAAUUUUUCAAUAUUGUUACAUAUUCAAGAAAUCAAGGAUGUUGAAGAUAUGCAAAGAAAUGCAGGAGAUAUCAUUUUGCAUUUAAGCACAUGGAUCUAUUAAAGCUAGUUUAGCAUCUCGCUGCAACUUGUCUAUAAUACAUGAUUUCCUAGAUAUAUAACACCUCUCAGAUUUAGAGACCAUUCUCGUGUAAGUAAUUGUUAAUCGUACAAGGUUACUGCAUAGAGAAAGAAUACGUCAAUGUGAUAAAGAUUGAUUUUAUUUUUGAAAAUUGUAUUUAGAUUAGGACAAUGAAAUCUUCUUCACAUAUCCACGUCAUCAAUCAAAAGAAAAAUAACGAACAAAGAGUCGAUCUUGUAAUUUUCGUAUUCUUUUUUUUUUCAUUAAAUAAAAUAUAUUUUAUAAAAAUUAGUUUGAAUUACAAUCUGAAGAUGAUUGGACUCGCGCAAUUCAUCAUAAUCUCAACAUAAAACGGCGCACAUGUACUACAUUUAUUCCAAACCCUUCAAUACCUAAUGAUCCUAAUAAAAAUGAAAAUGAUAUUCCAUGUGGUUGUAAUCGUCUUCGUCGUGAACAUUCUUGGAAUGUUUUUGAAGAAAAAGAUGUUCAAUGGGAUCGAAACGAACAUACAAGAUCGGCCUACAACAAUGCAUAUGGAUAUAUACCGAAUACUCAUGCACAUUAUAUUCGAUGUGAUAUUAAAACACCUCCAAAUAUUCUUACUAAGUUAAUGUUUGAUAUAUGGAAAGUUAAAAAUCCACAAUUAAUAAUGUGUAUUAUUGGAGGAGCUAAAUAUUUUAAAUUAAAUGAACGACUUGAAAGAGAAUUUAUGAAAGGUAUUAUUCAAGCUGCAUUGAAAGCAGAUGGUUGGAUUGUAACAACAGGCUUUAAAACAGGUGUUGUACAACUUGUUGGUGAAGCAAUCCAUGAACAUAGAGUAACUAAUCCACGAAGUCAUAUUACUGCUAUUGGUUGUUCGAAAUGGGGUGCAGCUAGAAAUCGAGCAUCACUCAUAUUAUCAAAAAAAUUAACUAAUUCUAUUCAAGAUACAACAAUGGAUACCUCAAAGAGAACAAAAGGUGAACAAGAUCUUGAACCGAAUCAUACGCAUUUUUUAUUACUUGAUGAUGGAACUUAUUAUGGAUAUGAUAUUGAAGAUUAUCGGACAAAAUUUGUUCUCGAAGCUUCACAUUAUAAUAAAUCAGAUAAUGAGGAAAAUGUGCCUAUUGUGACUAUAGUCGUUGAAGGUGGUCCAGAUACAUUAUCAACAAUUUAUAAAGAUCUGUCUAAUAAUAUACCGGUAGUAUUAAUUGAUGGUAGUGGUCGAAUAGCUAAUCUUCUUGCUAAUUUUCUUAAUCGUACGAAAUCAAUAAUUAAUCGAAGUGGAGAAGAUAACAAUGAUUUUGAUUGGAAAAAAAUAAUCCAUAUGAAAGAAGCAGGUGAUAUUGGAAAGUAA